UGGAAGGGAGUCCGCGUGUGCGCAGUGAAAUGGCUGGUAGGAACCGGCGUUCGGAAUUAGAGUGCAUGCCGUGAGUUUCGUUCUGAAAAGCACGUAUAUCAAACUUGUGUUCCAGGUAACCAGCCGUGUAUAAUCGUAAUUUCAGCACACGUCGCUAUUGUAUUGUAAAGAAUGACUACAAGAUGCUGGACAAGUGUCUUUCAUUGAUCAUCUUUUCCUGCGUUCUGGGGUCCUGCAAAGGCGCGAGUGUUAACGUAGGAGGAUUGUUCGACACUAACGAUGGCCUUCAACGCGCCUUCGAAACCUCUAUAAAGAGAGUGAACGAACAACGACACAAGAGCGAUGCAUUUCCAAAUGUCUUUUUCGUGGCAAAAUCCAACGAGAUUGAUACGGAUCCGUUCAAUGUAUCGCAAAUAGUAUGCGAAUUGAUGACUGAGGGGGUGGCUGCCAUUUUCGGUCCGAACAAUAGAUUUACCUCGGGACACGUGCAGAGUAUGUGUGAUACCAUGGAAGUGCCGCAUAUUUAUGGCAGAUGGGAACCCUCUCAAAUUCGUGGCAUAGGAGUAAACUUAUUUCCAUAUGCAGAAACUCUCUCUAUGGUCUUCAAUAAAAUUAUAACUGAUUUUGAAUGGAAGAUUUUCGCAAUAUUGUACGCAGACACCGACAGUCUGUUUCGUACACACCGAUUGUUGGAACAUUUAGAUAUAAAGGCCCAUACGAUCUUUUUAUACAACUUAGGAACUGGGCCGAGUUACAGAAAAGUGAUGCGAGAGAUCAAAGACGAGGAGAUUGAGAACAUUCUUAUCGAUUGUUCGAUUCAUAUAUUGGAAGAGGUAUUGAAACAGGCACAGCAAGUGGGAAUUAUGUCGGAGAAGAAUAGAAUAAUAGUAACUUCCUUGGAUCUUCAGACGAUCGAUCUAGAACCAUACCAAUACUCAGGAGUGAAUUUCACCGGGGUACGUUUAAUCGAUCCCGAAAGUCCACUCGUAACGAGCGUUGUGGAAAUGCAUAAAUACGAAUGGGGUUUGGACGAUCCUAGCAAACUGCGCGUUGAACCCGCGCUCAUGUACGACGCUGUACAGCUUUUCGCCAGAGCUUUCAAACACUUGAGAGACACCAUUAAAGCCAAUGUGAAAACAUUACCUUGCGAUGGUACAGUGAGCUGGGAGCACGGAUUUAGUCUGAAUAAUUUUAUGCGAGUCAGCGAAAUGGAAGGUCUGACUGGUUUGAUCAAAUUCGACACCGCUGGAUUUCGUAGUAAUUUCCAGCUGGAUAUAGUGAGAGUGACGGAAAACGGAUUAAAGAAAAUCGGAAUAUGGAACAGUACGAAUGACGUGGAAUGGCUAUUGGAAGCUCGUCCUCAGAAAUCUGAAGAAGAGUUGAGCUUGCAGAACAAAACGUUCCUCAUCCUAAUUGCAAUCAAUCAUCCCUAUGGCAUGUUAAAACAAUCGGCCGAUAUGAUGACAGGAAAUGAUCGCUAUGAAGGGUUCGGCAUCGACAUUAUUCAAGAAUUGAGCAAAAUGUUGGGUUUCAAUUACACGUUCGAGGUUCAAAGAGACAACGUGUAUGGAUCAUACUCUAAGAAAUUGAACAAAUGGACGGGAAUGCUUGGGAAAAUAAUCGCCGGUGAAGCUGAUCUGGCAAUCACAGAUUUAACUAUAACUGCAGAGAGAGAAGGGGCGGUGGACUUUACGAUGCCUUUUAUGAAUUUAGGAAUAAGUAUUCUGUAUCGAAAACCAACGAAGACGCCGCCCAGUUUGUUUUCCUUCUUAUCGCCAUUUUCGACCGGAGUUUGGUGGUAUUUAAUAGGAGCUUAUAUAUUCGUGUCUGUGGUACUGUUCAUUAUCGGUAGGAUAUGCCCUGCAGAGUGGAAUAAUCCGUAUCCUUGCAUCGAGGAACCAGAGGUGCUUGAGAAUCAGUUUACCUUUAAAAAUUCUUUAUGGUUCACCAUUGGUAGUCUUAUGCAGCAGGGUUCCGAGAUUGCACCUAUAGGAUUUUCGACAAGAAUGAUGGCCACUUCAUGGUGGUUCUUCUGUUUGAUCAUCGCCAAUUGCUAUACUGCCAAUUUAGCCGCGUUCUUAACCGUCGAGACAAUAGUAUCACCCUUCUCAAACGUCGAAGAAUUAGCAAGGAAAAAGGCAAUUAAAUACGGCGCUAAAAUAGGAGGAUCUACGUUCAUGUUCUUCCAAGAUUCCAACUACUCAACGUACAAGGAGAUGUACAAAUACAUGACGGAAAACGCUGCAGAUGUAUUGCCUUCUAACAAUGAUGCUGGGUUGACAAAGGUGCUCAGAGAAGAUUACGCGUUUCUAAUGGAAUCCAGCUCAAUAGAAUACAUCACUGAAAGGUACUGUAACGUGACUCAGAUCGGUGGACUCCUUGAUGCAAAGGGUUAUGGAAUUGCUAUGAAAAAGGGAUCGCCAUAUCGUCAUCCACUAAACACUGCCGUAUUAAAGAUGCAACAAAGCGGCCUGAUAACAGAAUUGAAGAAAAAAUGGUGGACGCAGAAACGUGGGGGUGGAACAUGUCGAGAAGACGGUAGUCAAAGCGCCGCGGAGGAACUGGAUCUCGACAAUGUGGGUGGCGUAUUCUUAGUAUUGACUGUAGGCGUUGCUGCUUCCUUCUUUUAUACUGUAUUCGAGUUAAUCUGGGAAGUUGGCUGUACAUCCUUACGCGAAGACGUUUCCUUUAAAGAAGAACUAAUGGCUGAACUGAAGUUUAUUAUAAAAUGUGAUAAUUCGCCUAAACCAGUGAGAAGAAGAAAAGGAUCAUCGAAUAGAAGUGGAGAAGAUAGUACUAGAGGUUGUACACCCCCGUAUGGAUUUAUACCAGUGAUUAAAACUUCCAACUCUGAUGAUAAAUAAGAUAUGCGAUAAAACAAUAUAGUAAAUGUGUAACAUACGUUGUACUAAUAUAUUAUUAUUAUGCUAAUAUAUUAAGUAAUGAGAAAUAAUGUUACAAAAAUAUAAAAGCGAAUGAAGGCAUUGAAGAAUGAUGAAAUCGCAGUUAAUUUUCUCAUAGAUCAUAGGUUACGAUGUAUCUGAGAGAUAUAAUGACUUUAACUUGUGCUUAAUAUAGAAUAAUAAACAGAAAAAAAUAAAUAUAUAUAAUAAUACUAAUUUUUGCACAAAAGUUAUAUAUAUACAUAAGAAAUU